AUGAAACAGGAGCAUCCCCGUGAAGGCGACUCGUACAACGCCGAGUUUAUAAACCUCUUCGGGAAGGACACCGCAGCGCACGGCAGCAGCAGCAACAACACCGCUAGCAGCAACGGCAUGGGAAGCUCUCACCCGCUGGACCAGUUUGUAGCAACAGCCUCGUCGUCGUCGUCGCUGGCGGUUGGAACCGCCAAUACACAGCCCUUGCUUGGCGAUGUUGGCGCCAGGGGCAGUAGCAACUUGUAUGACCAUGCGGUCACGCCGGAAAUACUGCUGGAACAGCUGGCUUACGUCGACAAUUUCAUACCUUCCCUCGACAACGAGUUCUCUAAUGUCGACUGGAACGUCAACACCACUCACAACAACAUAAACAGCAAUGGCACGAGCACUUUCAACACCAUAAAUGCGAAUCCUUUCGAUUUGGACGAGCAGCUCGCCAUCGAGUUGAGUGCAUUUGCUGAUGAUUCGUUUAUCUUCCCGGAUGAAGAUAAGCCCAGCAACAACAACAACAACAAUAACAACAACAACAACAAUAACAAUAAUAAUGACAACACCGCUGAUGAAGUGCCGCAUGCGAACCUUUUAAGCAACAACAGGCAGAGAAACCCUCAUUUUUUGACCGAAAGAAGGAACACUUUUUUAACCUCGCAAUACGAUCAAUCUAAAUCACGAUUUUCGUCUAGAAAUAAGAGAGGUGACAAUAACGGUGAAACAAACAACAACUAUGUGAACGACGACGGUAAUAGCAACAAUGACUUUGAACCGGAUUUCAUUGCAAGCCCUCCUCAAUUUCCUGUAAGCACGACUGAUAUGUCGUCCAUAGACCAUGGUGCUUUCACAAACGUAGAUAUCACGUCAAGUGAGAAUAAUGCUGCCAGCGGCAACGGCGUAGAUCCGCUAUCUCACCUAUUACGUAGAACAACUCAUACACCGAGCCGCUCUUCUCCUUUGAGUAAUGUUGUGUCCGCUCAAAACACGUCCAAACAGCGACAACCGGACGGUAAAAUCAACAAUAGCGACGGUUCAAGUACGGCCCCUAAUAUAACCGUUCCUGACUACUCCAUUAUUCCUACAUCCGUGUUGGUAACGCUGUUGCCAAGAGUUAAUGUCCCCAAGGGUGCGUACAACUCCUUGGUGGCAGCAGGAUUUGAUAAUGACCAAAUUGACGCUAUUGCCGCUAUAAUGGCUUACCAUCAUCAAAAAAAAACAAGGGAAAAUAGCAGCAGCAAUCUUAACAAUAAUGGUAACACUAGUACCAACCAAGAGGCGCCCCUUCUGAAAAACAUAAACGAACUUUUAAAUGUCCUGAUACCGUCUUCCUCUACCGACAUGGCCGCAACCUCUUCCUCUUCCUCUUCAUCGUCGUCCUCCUCUUCCUCUUCCAAUGGACACGGUGUAGUAGCAGAAGCAUCUUUUCUGAGCUCUAUUUUGGAACUAGGUCUUAACCAUCCGAAAAGUAAUAAUAUUCACAACGACAGACAGUCUACGCGAAAUGAACGUAAGAAUUCAAGGGAAGGGAACAAUAAUAACGACUACAGUAAUAAUGAUAAUGCAGCUUAUAAUUCAAGUCUUAACCACAGCAACGAAAUCACCAAGAUAAGAUCUGAACCAACGUUAAAUGCAAGCGCUCCUACUCGCAAGGACAACGCCUUGAAAAGAUCCCAUUCAGGUGAUUUGAAAGAAAGAAAAUCGUACAUUAAAGCCAAGUAUUCUGAUGACGAGGACGACGAAUACGGUGACGCCGACCUCCGUAAACAUAAAAAGAGACAACAGAUCAAGAAAGAGCUAGAGGAUGACGAUGAAGACUUGCUAAUACAAUCCAACAAAUCACAUCAGAGGAAGAAGUUAAAGGAAAAGGAAUUAGAGUCAUCAAUACACGAGUUAAGUGAAAUUGCAGCAUCUUUACAAAAACGAAUUCACACCUUAGAAACAGAAAACAAAUUAUUAAAGAAUUUGGUGCUAAGUAGUGGUGAAACUGAAGGUAUCAAAAAAGCUGAAAGCCUGAAGAAGCAAAUCCUUGAACAAGUUCAAAAAGAAUAA